AUGGAGAUUGAGCGGAAGCUGCUGCGUCUUCUCCACGGCCACAGUACCCGAACCCGUUUACCCGAAAUCCACGCCCAUCUCCUCCGUCAUUUCCUUCAUGGUUCCAAUCUCCUUAUCGCCCACUUCAUCUCCAUCUGCGGUUCCCUCCGUAACUCUGAUUACGCUUCCCGCGUCUUCGCUCACAUCCAAAACCCAAACGUCCUCGUCUUCAACGCCAUCAUCAAAUGCUACUCCCUCGUCGGUCCUCCUCUACAGUCUCUCUCUUUCUUCUCUUCCAUGAAAUCCCGCGGCAUUUGGGCUGACGAGUAUACCUACGCGCCUCUGCUCAAAUCAUGUGCGUCUCUUCCUGAUUUGCGGUUCGGGAAAUGCGUUCACGGCGAGGUUAUCAGAACCGGGCUUCACCGGCUUGGCUCGAUACGGAUUGGUGUGGUGGAGCUCUACGCGACGAGUGGGAGAAUGGGUGAUGCUCAGAGAGUGUUCGACGAAAUGCCUGAGAGAAACGUCGUCGUUUGGAACCUGAUGAUUCGAGGGUUCUGCGAUUCCGGUGACGUCGAAAGAGGUCUUGGUUUGUUCCGGAAGAUGAGCGAGAGGAGCGUCGUGACGUGGAAUUCGAUGAUUUCGAGCUUAUCCAAAUGUGGAAGAGACCGUGAAGCUCUGGAGCUUUUCUGCGAAAUGAUUGAUCAAGGCUUCGAUCCUGACGAGGCCACUGUGGUCACGGUCUUACCAAUCUCUGCAUCUCUCGGAGUUUUGGAUACCGGAAAAUGGAUUCACUCCACCGCGGAAUCAAAGGGUUUGGUUAAAGACUUCAUCACCGUAGGCAACGCUCUGGUGGAUUUCUACUGCAAAAGCGGAGACUUGGAGACAGCGACAUCAAUAUUCAGGAAAAUGCAGCGGAGAAACGUCGUGACAUGGAACACGAUGAUAUCGGGAUCGGCGGUGAACGGAAAGGGAGAGUUCGGGAUUGACUUGUUUGAUUCGAUGAUCGAGGAAGAGGAAGUAGCUCCAAACGAAGCCACAUUUGUAGGGGUCUUGGCCUGCUGCUCGUACACAGGUAAGGUGGAGAAAGGAGAGGAAUUGUUUUGUUUGAUGACGGAGAGAUUCGAACUUGAGCCGAGCAUUGAGCAUUACGGUGCGAUGGUUGAUCUGAUGAGUAGGAGCGGGCGGAUCAGAGAGGCGUUUGAGUUUGUCAAAACUAUGCCAGUAGAGGCUAAUGCAGCAAUGUGGGGGUCUCUGCUUAGUGCGUGUCGCAGUCACGGAGAUGUGAAGCUAGCAGAGGUUGCAGCCUUGGAGUUAGUGAGGAUUGAGCCAGGGAAUUCGGGGAAUUAUGUUCUGUUGUCUAAUUUGUAUGCAGAGGAAGGGAGAUGGGAAGAUGUAGAGAAGGUAAGAGCGUUGAUGAAGAAGAAAUCGCUUAGGAAACCUUCAGGCCAAAGCACCAUUUGCGAUGUAUCGUUGUGA